AUGAAAACACAAUUAUUAAAAAAAAUUUUAAUUACAACCUCUUAUGUACCUACGCUCCUAAAACAAGAAAAUUGGUCUUUCCUUAAUAAUUCAACUAAUGUAAAUGAAUUAAUUGAUAUAUUCUAUACAAAAUUAAACAAUUCUAUUGAUAAAUCCAGUUUUGUAGUAAAGUUAAAUUCAAAAAACAAAAUUAUUAAAGAAUGGAUGACUAAAGGACUCUUAACUUCAGCACGUCGUAAAAACGACCUUUCCAAAAUGGUUAGUAAACAUCCUAACAAUAUAAAAUUACGUCAGUAUUACAUUAAAUAUCGAAAUCAUUUUACUACAUUACUAAGAGCCAGAAAGAUAAGUUUCUACAAAUCGGAAUUUUCUAAUAUAAGUACUAACCCAAAACUUACAUGGAAAUUAAUUAAUAAUUUAACAAAAAAUAGUAUUAACAUAAGUAAUGAAAUUUUCAAGAAUAAUAUUGAAAGCAAUGGUCAAAUAAUUAACACCCAAGUAGACCCUUUAAAUACAGCUAAUAUUUUCAACUCUUUUUUCUUAGGUAUUGGGGAAGACUUAGCUACUAAAUUCAAAAAUAAUACGCAUAACAUUAAUGAAAAUAUUUCAAAUUCUCAAAAUAUUUCUUUUAAUGAAGAUUUCUUAAAAAUUAUAGAAAGAACAGAGGUCCUUAAUAUAAUAAAUAAUUUUAAAGAUAAAACUGCAGCUGGGUUUGAUAAAUUAUCGGUCAAGCUUGUAAAACAUAUUGCGCCUUACAUAGUAGAGCCACUCAUAUUUAUACUAAAUUUAUGCUUAAAACAAGGUAUUUUCCCGGAUAAAUUUAAAAUUGCAAUCGUGAAACCUUUAUAUAAAACUGGAAAUAAAGAGAAUAUUAGCAACUAUAGACCUAUAUCUAUGCUCUGUAAUUUCUCAAAAAUUUUUGAAAAAAAUAUAAAAACCAGACUAAUAACAUUCUUAGAAAAGAAUAAACUAUUAUCCAAAAAUCAAUUUGGUUUUCGUACUGGUAAAAGCACGACUGGAGCUCUAUAUACUACGAUAAAAUUUUUAUACAAGGAGCUGGACCAAAAUAAAAAAAUAAUAGCAGUCUUCUUAGAUUUGGCAAAAGCUUUCGACACAGUAAAUCAUGCAGAACUUUUAAAAAUCUUACCUAGUUUCGGAAUAACAAAAGAUAGCCUUAUGUGGUUCGAAAAUUAUUUAAUGAAUAGAAAGCAAGUGGUAUCGAUUAAUGGCGUCUUAAGCAAUGAGGGAGUCAUCAAAUAUGGAGUGCCCCAGGGUAGUGUUUUAGGUCCAGUUUUGUUCAUCCUAUAUAUAAACAACAUUUGUAACUUAAGUAUUGAUGGUCUAAUUACCACUUAUGCUGAUGACACCUGCAUUUUAUUCUCCAGCAACACUUGGGACAAUGUUCAUCACAAAGCAACAAUAGGAGUAAAUAACAUAUUUAAAGAAUUGAAUAAUAUCAAACUCACUUUGAAUAUAAAUAAAAGUGUAUUUGUUGCCUUUUCAAUUUAUAACUCAGCUAUUCCGUUCAAUGACAUUUAUAUCCACUCUUGUGAUACUAGCAAUUUAAAUUUAAACUUAUGCAACUGCCAAAAAUUAAUAAGGGUCACUCGAGUGAAAUAUUUAGGUCUUAUCAUUGAUUGUAAUCUCCGUUGGAAAUUGCAUGUCGAAUAUUUAGUAAUGAGGUUAAGAUCUAUUAUUUCCAAACUAUUUAAACUGAACAAACUUUUACCAACAGAAAUUUCGCGUAUUGUAUAUAAUUCUCUAUACAAAUCAAUUUUCCAGUAUGGUUUAAUAGUUUGGGGUGGUUGUACUGACAAUGCAAUCAGGCCUCUUGAGAUUCAACAGAAUCUCGCCAUAAGAAUUUGUUUGAAUAAAAAGGAAUUAUAUGGUUCGUCUACUACUAAUUAUAAAGUUUUUAAAGCUCUGCCGGUCAGAUAUUUAUACAAGCAGUUCUCUAUUAUGUUCCAAAUUGAUAACUUUGGUUUCCAAAAAAAUAAUAAAAGGGAAAAUAGGUCAUAUGACAUGCAAGUAAACUACACUAAUAAGAGUUUUGGGAAAAAGUUUGUGGACUAUUUAGGUCCAACAAAUUUUAAUUCAUUGCCGCUGUACCUAAAAAAAAUUAUUUCUAGUAAUGUAAAUAAGUAUAAUUCUAUAACUAAUAAAAAAGCUAUUGUUAAUUACUUAUUACUUGAACUUUAA